AUGGUCAAGGAGGAACACAAAAAGUUGUUGGACGCGUCUGGCGCUGAGCCAAAGGAAGAGGACGCCACCGCCACCGCUAUUUUGAGACGGAAGAAGAAGGAUAACUAUUUGUUGGUUGAUGAUGCGGUGAAUGAUGACAAUUCUGUGAUUGCCAUUAAUUCCAAUACCAUGGAUUUAUUACAAUUAUUCCGUGGGGAUACGGUGUUGGUUAAGGGGAAAAUGAGGAAAGAUACUGUGUUGAUUGUGUUGAUUGAUGAUGACUUGGCGGAUGGGGUUUGUAGAGUUAAUCGUGUUGUGCGUAAUAACUUGAGGGUUCGGCUUGGGGAUUUGGUUUCGAUUCAUGCAUGCCCAGAUAUUAAGUAUGCGGAGAGGAUUUCUGUGUUGCCGAUUGCCGAUACUAUUGAAGGGCUAACGGGGAAUUUGUUUGAUGUUUACUUGAAGCCUUAUUUUGUAGAGGCGUACAGGCCGGUGAGGAAGGGAGAUCAUUUUAUUGUGCGUGGGAGUAUGCGGCAGGUGGAGUUUAAAGUGGUAGAUGUGGAGCCGGAGGACUAUGCGGUUGUUGCGCAAGAUACGAUCAUCCACUCAGAGGGGGAGCCAAUUGAUAGAGAAGAUGAGGAGAACAAUAUUAACGAGGUUGGGUACGAUGAUAUUGGGGGGUGUCGGAAGCAGAUGGCUCAGAUCAGAGAGAUGGUGGAGUUGCCGUUGCGCCACCCACAGUUGUUCAAGGCGAUUGGUAUCAAGCCUCCAAAGGGUGUGUUGAUGUAUGGUCCUCCAGGUACUGGUAAAACGUUGAUGGCGAGAGCUGUUGCAAACGAAACGGGUGCAUUUUUCUUUUUGAUUAAUGGUCCAGAGGUGAUGUCUAAGAUGGCAGGUGAAUCAGAGUCGAAUUUAAGAAAGGCUUUUGAAGAGGCCGAGAAGAACGCUCCUGCUAUUAUUUUCAUAGAUGAGAUUGAUUCUAUAGCACCAAAGCGUGAUAAGACCAAUGGUGAAGUGGAAAGGAGGGUUGUUUCGCAGCUUUUGACGUUGAUGGAUGGUAUGAAGUCGAGAUCUAAUGUCGUUGUGAUUGCGGCCACCAACAGGCCAAACUCUAUCGAUCCUGCCUUGAGAAGAUUCGGAAGAUUUGAUCGUGAGGUCGAUAUUGGUAUUCCUGAUGCUACAGGAAGAUUGGAAAUCUUGCACAUUCACACAAAGAACAUGAGGUUGGCGGAUGACGUCAAUUUAGAAACUUUAGCCGCUGAAACACAUGGGUAUGUGGGUGCGGAUAUCGCAUCUUUGUGUUCUGAGGCAGCUAUGCAGCAAAUAAGAGAAAAAAUGAGUCUAAUUGAUCUAGAAGAGGAUGAAAUUGACGCAGAGGUGUUAGAUUCCCUAGGCGUAACUAUGGACAACUUUAGGUUUGCCUUGGGCAACUCCAACCCAUCUGCUUUGCGUGAAACUGUCGUAGAAUCUGUUAAUGUCACCUGGGAUGAUGUAGGUGGUCUAGAUGACAUCAAGAGGGAAUUGAAGGAGACUGUAGAGUAUCCUGUUUUGCAUCCAGACCAGUAUAUCAAAUUUGGUUUGUCGCCAUCAAAGGGUGUUUUGUUCUAUGGACCACCAGGUACUGGUAAAACUUUAUUAGCUAAAGCCGUUGCAACGGAGGUUUCUGCAAACUUCAUUUCUGUUAAGGGCCCUGAAUUGCUAAGUAUGUGGUAUGGUGAAUCAGAAUCAAAUAUUCGUGAUAUAUUUGACAAAGCUAGAGCGGCUGCUCCAACUGUGGUCUUUUUGGAUGAAUUAGACUCCAUUGCAAAGGCAAGAGGCGGAUCUAUGGGCGACGCUGGUGGCGCUUCAGAUAGAGUGGUUAACCAAUUGUUAACAGAGAUGGACGGUAUGAACGCCAAGAAAAAUGUCUUUGUAAUUGGUGCCACUAACAGGCCAGACCAGAUUGAUCCAGCAAUUUUGAGACCUGGUAGAUUGGACCAAUUGAUAUAUGUGCCGUUACCAGAUGAAGUUGGUAGAAUAUCUAUUUUGAAGGCCCAGCUAAGAAAGGCACCUUUGGAACCGGGCUUAGAUUUGACCGCUAUCGCAAAGGCUACUCAAGGUUUCUCCGGUGCAGACUUGUCAUACAUUGUACAAAGAGCUGCAAAAUUUGCAAUCAGAGAUUCCAUUGAAGCUCAAAAGCGUUCUGCGGCUGAAAAAGCUGAGAAGAUUAAGACCGAAGAUGUUGAGAUGUCUGACGCUAAUGCUCCUGCGGAACAAGACGCAGAGGAGGAGGUAGAUGCUGUGCCAUACAUUACCAGAGAACAUUUUGCUGACGCUAUGAAGACUGCUAAACGUUCUGUUUCCGAUGCAGAAUUACGCCGUUAUGAAGCUUAUGCUCAACAAAUGAAAGCAUCAAGGGGUCAAUUUGGUAACUUUUCAUUUGGUGACACAAGUUCGUCUGGUGCCGGUGGAGGCGCUUCCAACGGUGGUAUUGAAGGAUCUGGCGGUGCUGCAUUUAAUAACGGUGCUGAUGAAGAUGACGAUUUGUAUAGUUAA